AUGCAAUCAAAUAUGAAUUCAACUGUUAACAUUCUUGACCUAUGUGACGAGAUGUUGCUUACCAUUUUGAACAAACUCGAUAAUGUUGAUGUAUUAUAUUCACUGAUAGGAGUCAAUCAAAAAUUUGAUAGAUUGGCUCGAAGUAUUGACUUCACACAAUCUCUUGAUCUUACAACGAUAUCAUCAUAUGGAGAUGAUUACUCAAAAAUUAAAUCCAUGUUCAAUCGAUUCUGUUUUUAUAUAUUACCUCAAAUUCAACACAAUAUCCAAUGUCUUACUCUUGAUCCUUGGUCAAUGACUAAUAUUCUUUCUAUUGAAAAUUAUCCUAAACUUCAUAAACUUACUCUUAUUAAUCUCAAAGUUGAAAUGGCUAAUAGUAUUUUCUGUACCAAUUCAUCAUUUGUUUCCAUAUUUCAACAUCAGAUUUCAAAUCUUGUUAUAAUGAUUAACGGUACUAGUGGAUAUCGACAUAGAUGGCGUCUAUGCACAUCUAUGUUUGCCCAAAUUUCUAUGAAGUUUACAAAUCUAACUCACUUCCAGUUUGAUUUAAUAACCGAUUGUAUAUAUACACUAGAACUUGCUGGUUUACCGUCUGAAUGCUAUUCGUCAAGUAUUGUUCAUUUAAAUCUUAAGGUGAAGACGUUUAAUGAUUGUCUUUGGUUACUCAAUGGUCAUCUUAGUCAAUUACAUACAUUAGUUGUUCAUGUUGAACACAUUCAUAAUACAUCAAAUAUUAUCAACAAUAGGGUAAUAUAUUUUAAAUCAUAG